GAUUGGCGGGGGCGGGGCUGGGGUUGGGGCGAGCGCGGCGCCGGGCGAGCGGCGGCCGUGAGCGGAGCCGCCGUUGUCGUCCCACACGUCCCGGUCCGCCGUCGCCGCUCCCCCGCCCGCUAUGAGGAAGCGCAACGAGUCGGUCACGGUGGAGCAUGAGCGCGCCGCCGCCGCGCCCGCGCCUCUCGACAAGGGCUGCAGCCUGAGGCACAGCCUGCGUCUGCCCGCCGCCGACACGGGCAUGAAGCGACCGCUCGGCAGGCGACAUGGGUUAUGGUUCCGAUUGCGGAGGCUGAUAAUCUGGCUGCUGGGAGUGUACAUAGCCAUUCCAUUUCUAGUAAAACUUUGCCCUGCUAUUCAGGCGAAGCUGGUCUUCCUAAACUUUGUGAGGGUCCCAUAUUUCAUUGACUUGAAAAGACCACAAGAUCAGGGCUUAAACCACACCUGUAAUUAUUACCUUCAGCCAGAGGAGGAUGUAACCAUUGGAGUCUGGCAUACUGUCCCUGCAGCCUUAUGGAAGAAUGCCCGAGGGAAGGACCAGCUGUGGUUUGAAGAUGCUUUGGGUUCCAGCCAUCCUGUGAUCCUUUACUUGCACGGCAAUGCGGGAACAAGAGGAGGGGAUCACCGUGUGGAGCUUUAUAAGGUCCUCAGCUCCCUUGGGUACCACGUGGUCACGUUUGAUUAUCGAGGCUGGGGUGAUUCAAUAGGCAGCCCGUCGGAGAGGGGAAUGACCUACGAUGCCCUUCAUGUCUUUGACUGGAUAAAAGCAAGAAGUGGAGACAACCCUGUCUAUAUAUGGGGACACUCCUUGGGCACAGGGGUCGCAACAAACCUAGUGAGGCGCCUUUGUGAGAGAGAAACACCCCCUGAAGCGCUGAUACUGGAAUCUCCAUUCACCAACAUACGGGAGGAGGCGCGAAGUCAUCCCUUUUCUGUGAUCUACAGAUAUUUCCCAGGGUUUGACUGGUUCUUCCUUGACCCCAUCACGACAAGUGGAAUUAAAUUUGCAAAUGAUGAGAAUGUGAAGUACAUUUCCUGCUCCCUGCUCAUCCUUCACGCUGAGGAUGACCCGGUGGUACCGUUUCAUCUGGGAAAGAAGCUUUACAACAUCGCUGCGACGUCGCGGAGUUUCCGAGACUACAAGGUGCAGUUUGUCCCAUUCCACACAGACCUCGGCUAUCGGCACAAGUACAUCUACAGGAGUCCAGAGCUACCUCGAAUACUGCGGGAAUUCCUGGGAGUACCUGAACAUGAGCAUCAUCACUGAAGACUUGGCAGCACGGAGGUUUUCCUUUCUUUCCUUCCUCUCUCCUCAUUUUCCUCCCCUCUCCCUGUGGGUCAGUCUGCCAUUCUUCCAUCCCUGGCACUAGAGGAGAUCAGGAGUUCCCACUCUGGUCCUGAUGUGCACCCUUGGCAACUGCAGCUCCCGACAUCGGUACCCGUGAUGGUAGGAGGAGGAUAUGGUUGGAUGAUAGGAGGAGGAUGUGGUUGGCUUCUUUUAUUUGACAUGGAUGGAGGGAGUGACAGCAACCCAGGAGCUGGUAGCAAACAGUGAACAAAGGAAGCACAACAGUGCCUGGCCAGUCCUGAGUGGUGCUGCUGAGGACAGACAUGCCCUGGACGUGCGUCGUGACCAAGGGUGUUUCUUUCACUUCUAAAUGCUGCUGCUGGCUUUUGGAUCAUGCAGACACGUCUUUGUUGGCAAACAGCUUUAGCAGCAUCUCCAUACCACAGUUGUCUUGCUUGAGUUUGAGGUGUUUUCUUUCUAGGAAGUACAUGUUUUGCUUUCCCUUUUUGCUGAGUAGCUGUAGUUCCAAAUCCACUGACCAUCUGGGUGGUGAGAGGUGUUUUAUUUAGCUCUGCAGUCGCAUUGUGUUGCAAGCAUUGGGCAAAUCACACACAUUUCAGAAUUCAAGUGAAAGCUUUUUUUUCCCUCCUCUUCCUUUUUAAGCAUCUACUUAACAGAAAAGAUUAGUGCCCUUUUAUCUUAUCUUUAUCUUAUGCUUUCUUUCUUUUCCUGAACACUUCUGCUCCCAUCUCUACUCUCCUCAGCGCAGCUCCUCCCCUUCCUCACGUGCACUUUUUAAUAGCAUUGAAGUGGUUGCUGUAGAUAAACUACAAACUUUGGGCAUUAAACUGGAAAGCAUGAGGUUAUUUUGCCUGACUUUCCUCUUCCAAGAAUGUGGGUCCAGGGGGUGGGAGUGGAUGUGUUCUGAUGUGCUCCCUGUACCUACCCGGACAGAUAUUUGCUUGCUUUGGGAGGAAGGACUUUUUUAUCUUUUAAUUUUCCCCUAUUUCCUUUUUAAUUCCUUUGAUCAAGUUUUCCAGGACCUGGUGGUGCUGCUGUUCCUCUGUAGUUAAGGGCGGGCAGUGCUACGAUAUGUAGUUCUUGAUGCAAAAACAAGGCUGGGUUCCCUCCCCCUCUCUCCCUCCACCUGCCUUCUGCAUUCUGGGCACCACAGGCAAUUCCAGCAGCUGCUUUCUCAGCCCAUCUCAGUGCUGUGGGUGGAAAGAGAAGUGGAAAUGAGCCCUCAUCCACAGGGGACGUCCUUACCCUGUUUCAGGCUCCAACAGGGCCUCUUUUAUGCUGCUGCUGCACUGAGAGGGGAGAGGGUCAUCUGCAGGCUUGGCAGUUUCCCUCUGGGUCACUGUCAGGCUGCAGCCAAUUCCAGGUGCUGUAGGUGAGACGUGAGCGCUCAGAAGCAGAUUGUGCUGCCUGAGAAGGGUCCAUUCAGGGUUGUACAGCGUAGUAGAAACUGCUCGGCAUGCAUCCAGGUUAUACCUGCAGGCUCAUACUAGUUGCAAAGCAGACAGUAGCUUGUUCUUGUACUGAGAUUCUUCUGCUCUAACGUGGUUAUUCCUGAAGUUUCUGACCCAUGAUACUCAUAAGCUAACUGUGCCACUUAAAUUAUGUUUAAUGCACUUGUAUUUAUUGCACUGACAAGAGGAACACUUACUUGGCUCUGUAGAGAGGGACCCGUACAUUCCAGCUAACACUGCUGCUGGACUUGGGCUGCCCUGGGAUGUUGGUGAUCCCAGCACCUCCAUCCUUGUUCAGAGGCCAGUGAUAUGCUUGGAAAUUAGACCUGAAAUGUUAAUCUCAAAGUGGUGUAGUUUUAAUAAAGGCGUUGAUUGCUGACCAUUUCAGCAACUUGCUUCACCUGCUCA